AUAAUAAACAAUGAGUGUGACAUGUCAAUUGUCAAGUGUCAACACUAAGCGAGGCAAUCAAAUCUCCCGGCGGUGCGCAUGGCGAGCCUCGCCUCACCAGUCCCCGGGCCCCGGCCAGCUGUCAGGCACCACUCAGGCACCGCGUACUCCGUUCUGCUGGAUCUCCAUAUGUAUUGUUCAACACACUAUUUACACACAGAGUGCAGCAGGAUCAGACUGCCCCAGCAGGAUGUUUGUUAGGAGAUUAAUUGGAAAUGCAGCUAAAUCAACCAAAAAAAGUGCAUCAGGAUCAGACCACCCCAGCAGGAUGUUUGGCCUGGCGGUGAUAGGGAUGUCCUGCCUCAAGUUGCUGCUGCUCCCGGCCUACCGAUCAACAGACUUUGAGGUUCACCGCAACUGGCUGGCGGUGACUCACAGUCUGCCAGUGGACCGCUGGUAUGUGGACCAGACCUCACCCUGGACCCUGGACUACCCACCCCUUUUUGCCUGGUUCGAGUUCCUCCUGGCCAAGGUGGCUCGUUUCUUCGAUGCUGCAAUGCUGGACAUCAACAACCUCAGCUAUGCCUCGCCCAUGACGGUGUUGUUCCAGAGGCUGUCCGUAAUUGUUACCGACCUUGUCUUCGCUUACGGAUGCAAAAUGUGGGAGGAGGUGGGGAGCAGUGUGGCAACCAGGAAGGGUGCAGCGGUGGGGCUGGGGCCGGCGGUGGGGGUGGUCCUCUUCACCAGUGCUGGGCUGCUAUUGGUGGACCACAUUCACUUCCAGUACAAUGGCUUCCUUUUUGGCCUCCUCUUCAUUUCCAUUGCCAGAAUGCUGCAGAGAAGAGAGAUCGAGUCAGCCUUGUGGUUCUCAGUCCUCCUCAACCUGAAGCACAUCUACCUCUACCUUGCCCCAGCAUACUUCAUCUACCUCCUUCGCUCCUAUGUGCUCCUUGGCCCCCCCCCAACCCGCGCUGACAAGCCCCAGACCUCUCGCCUUGGCCAGCUCUUCCGUCUUGUCAAGCUUGGUGUAGUGGUGGCUGCGGUCUUCGGGCUCUCCUUCGGUCCCUUUGUCAUGCGGGGUCAGCUUCUGCAGGUUCUGGCACGGCUGUUCCCCUUUCGCCGAGGUCUCUGCCACGCCUACUGGGCACCAAAUUUCUGGGCACUGUAUAACUUUGCUGACAAGAUGCUGGUGCUGGUUGGAGGGCGGCUGGGGUGGCAGGUCACAAAGCAAGGUGUGGCCAGCAUGACUGGAGGUUUGGUACAGGAGUUUAGCCACACCAUACUGCCAUCUGUGCCGCCCAUUGCCACGCUCAUCACCACCGCACUGUCCAUCGUGCCUGGCCUGGUGGUGCUGUGGAGGUCGCCCCACAGCCCCUGGCAGUUCAUCCGUGCACUGGUGUUGUGCGGGUUUGGCUCCUUCAUGUUCGGCUGGCAUGUGCAUGAGAAGGCCAUCCUCAUGGUGCUGCUUCCUCUCGGGUUGCUGUGUCUGCUGAGGAAGGGUGAGGCACAGGCGUUCUUGUUCCUGAGCAUCGUGGGACAUUUCUCCCUCUUCCCUCUCCUCUUCACCCCUCAGGAGACACCGAUAAAGGUGACGGCGCUGAUGCUGCACACUCUCUUCACUGUGCAAGUCCUCAGAGCACAGUGGGGCCAGCCACUCCUCCAUGCUGUUGAGAACUUGUACUUACUGGGACUGGUGCCUCUGUUCCUGCUGCUGGAGCUAGGGCCAGGGCGCUUGGGGCUGGGUGAGGGGCUGCCGUUCCUGCCCCUCAUGCUGGUGUCGGUGUACUGUGCCUUGGGGGUCACCUACAGCUGGGUGAAGCUCUCCUACUUAAUGAUGGGUAGUGCAUGGAAGUUUAAGAAGAAGACGAGCUAAGGGCCCACAUUUGUAGUGUGUUGAGGUGGUGCAAGUUGUGGGUUAUGUUGUGAGGCUGUGGGUGUGCUGUCUAGUGCAUUGGUGCUGGUACUUAGGGAGGUGGAUAAGUGGAAGUAUGUGCUUGGAGCAUUUCAGUGGAUUUGAUUAUGGGAAGUGAUGUGGAUUGGAAGCAUUGCAGGAGUAUUGGGAAGGUGUCUAUUUUUUGGAGUCCUGUGUGUGAGGCUGUCAGGGAAUAACUGAAGGGGUGAAGGAGCAAAACUCAGCUUUGGUCUUUGAAGUAUUUAUUGUUAUUGUUCAUUUUGUGAGUUUUCUAUGAGCGCCUCACCUUCAGAUGGAUCAAGAUUUAGUUGCAGGAUAUGUUUUUUGUGCGAGUCUUUGUAUCAUGUCUCAGCUGUGUCCUUUCUUGAGGAUAUUGACUUUUUGAAUAGGUACAGUAAGUCCUCCUUAUAUGGUACUUCGUUAUCCGGUAAAUUCACAGUUACGGUGUUUGGUAAUUACUAUCCUUGAUUCUAUUUAUGGUAAGAAAAUUUCACAGGGACGGUAUCCACCCAUGUUUUGUUUACACGAAAGAGGAGUAGUCUGACAUUGGACGUAAAAUUAGAUAUUUUGAAGAGGGAAGAGCAGGGAGAUGGUACGUCUACCAUAAGUCGAAACUUGGGCCUAGCCCAGCCGACAGUCUGGACAGUGUUGAAUUGUGAGGCUAUAAAAAAAGCUGAGGAGAAUGUAAUGGAUCUGCAGAGCAGAGCCUUGUCUACCCACUCAGCAGAAGAUGAGUAAGGUUCUGAAAUCCCUACUGUCCCUUAGCCUCGGGAGGGAUAUCAUCUGAUAAAAAGGUAAAUAAAAAUAUUUUGUUUAUUUCUUUUGUGCAAUACUUUACAUUAUUUUAUUUGACUUUUUUCAUGUUUGUAGGGGUGACUUUCGAUGUGCUGGAACACAUCCCCUAUUAUUACAUGUUAUAAUGGGUUCGGUAUAUGGUAAUUUUGUAAGGUUUUCAGGAACGCAUAUGUACCGUAUAAUGAGGACUUACUGUACUGUCUGUGCCUCCUAAUUACACUCGACCCUCGUUUAUCCAGACCUACCUUGUUAGUCUUGAAUUCGGUUUAUCUGGACAGUGUCCAGUGGCUGACUAAUUAAUUCAAAUAAUACUUGCCUCGUGUACUGCCAGAAAUGCCUGAUAAAUGGUAGCAGGUGGUUGUGAACAAGUCCAGCUGGCACUCAUAAACGUGUUUUUUUUUUUUGUUUCAGUGAUUGAUUUUGUGCAUUUUUCGUAUGAAUGGAUACCUUCUAAGUCUAUUUAUUAAGCAUAAGCAAGUUAUCCUAGCUGUGGCUCAAAAGGAGGAGGUAAUAAGAGAAUCAGAGGAAGGAGCCAGUGUUAUGAGUGUUUGUGAGGAGUAAGGUGUGGCCAAGCAAACUGUGUCAGACAUUAGAAAGUUGAAAGAUUAGCUGAUAGAUUCUGCCAAAUACUGUGUGGAUGCAUCGGCAAGCAAAGAUGGUAAAGGUGCACCUAAAAAAAGUUAGGACUAGAAAAUUGCUGCAUUAGAUGUUGCAGUUAUGAAGUGUGUGCAGCAACAAUCAGUGGGAAUGAAUGUCUGUGGCAUAGAAAUCCUUGCAGCAGCUAGGAAGCUGGCUGAGAAAUGGAAAUAGAAAAUUUCAUAGGAAGCGAUGGGUGGCUGUGGUGAUUCCACAAUCGAAACAGACCUGCACUGAACCUUUUCAAAUUAAGCGGGAUAAAUGAAUUCAAGAUGAACAUUUAAGCUAUUCCUAAUUGUAUAAUGGUCAUGAGACAGGUUUCUUUUGGUGUUCAAUGCCUAAGAAUAGUCAGUAUUAUUUAUUUGUUAUCUGGACUGGUUCCUGCACAAUCUAGUCUGGAAAAUGAGGGUCGAGUGUACUUCACAAAGGAUGUGUCAUUCUGUAGAGGUGACAGGGAUAAGGAGUUAUGCUGAAAAUGUUUUGUCCCUGGAAUGUUGAUGGCAGUACAGUGUUCAGGUGGUGGGGAGUGAUGAUGAGUGGCUGAAGAGAUGUAAUGAAGAAUACUUUGCUCAAGGGAAUGAGUGUUUUGUGGUUUCAAGAUAUGUGGUGAUGUGUAGGAAUUACUGGAAAAGUGUAAAAACUUAUGCCAACGAUGAGAAUAAGAUUUAUUUUUUUACAUACUGAAGGUCAGUUAUCAGUUAACAAGCUUUUUUUCUAUGAACUUAUCUUUCCAUCAAUCUGAAGUUCUUUGAUCUGCAGUGUGACAAGGGUCCUGGCAGACUGAAGACUGAAGGUUCAGGGGGAAAACACUAGGCAAUAGUGUUGGUUAUUCAGUUUUUGUCUACAUGUCGCUAGGAAUGAGAUACACAGCUCCUGGUGCUACCAACGCUGACAAAUGUAAAGAGGAGAUAGGUCAUGAUGUCUGGGAUGUUAUGUACAGUGUUUGUUACUUGUAUUGUUAAGGAGGAAGGUAAUCUGGCUCAUUUUCUCUGCAUGGAGUUCUGAGUGGACAUACCAGAAUACCUGACUUGACCUUUGUGCCCUCCUGUUGACCACUAUGACCACUGCUGUGGGAGAGGUUAGGCACAGCCUUCUCCAUGUUGCUACACAUUCCACAAAGUGCCAUCAAAGAGUUUUGUGUACAAUUAUUUUUUACUUGUAUAGGAGACUAACGGUCACUAACCAAAGGAUUCAUCUCUUAUUCACCAUGAUAUAAUAACUAACAUAUUUAUAAUCAUAUGUAGGUUGCUCAAGGGAAAGCCAUCAAGUUUUACAGAACACUUCAACAAAACUUUCUCUCUUUGUAUGUUGCAGUGGAAUGCCUACUUUCUGUACUUUUGUAUUACAUAUUGAUUGAUUGAUUGAUAGGCAACCUAGAGUGCUUAAUCACUGUGUGUGUGCUGUGCCUUUUAUUUGCCUUUCUUCUUGUCUAUAAUCUCCCUUACUGUCACUGUUCUUACUUUUUUGUCUCAUGCCAAUGGUAGGUAAAUGUGACUAAUCUUGUCAAAGGAAUGUGAAGCUCGAGGUGAUAAUGUGCAAAUUCAAGACGGUAAGAAUUUAAGAAUGGGCACAAAACUUUCAAGAAUUCUGUACAUCUUUUCUGGUUUCCUGGCCUGAAAUUUUUUUGAUCUUCAUAACACACAUUUGUUGUACCAAAUAUGACAUUAGAAUUAAUCAUGUUCAUUGUUGUGAACCCUACUGUAAUUGGUGGGAGCCCAGUGACAGUUUUGACCAACAUUGUUUGAAGGGACCCCAUGUGCAAGAUCUAGUGUUGUGAGGUUGAUGCCAUUCAGUAAUAGUUAUUGAGCCACAGGGAACAAAUAUUAGUUUGUAAACAGUGGGAUGCUCCUGUUUUUUGUCCCAUUUUCACACCAUUCCUGCCUUGCUUUUUGCAUCAUUCCAAUUUUAAUUUUCUACAAUGUUUUGUAGCAUUCCAGGCUCCACACAUUACAUUCAUCCCUCACCAUCAUCAUCAUCAUAUGCAUGUGUAACAUACAUGCACAGUACAGUACAACACUUUGUUUUCAUUGUCAUACAUGCAUAAGGAAGAAUGUAUUACAAUGCAAGAGAAUAAAGUUGUUAUAAUAAGUCA